UUAAUGGACUCAGCCAGCCAGCGUCAGCCAGCCAGCCUUACAGGGUGGAAGGACAUGUGGAACCUGAGUCGGGAGCUGGAGUCAGCCCCAGAUUUUUCUGUCUUUGUUCAGGAGCAAUAGCUUUGAUUGCUGAUCGUAAGAAGAUGCUUCUGUGGUUCUUUCUGGUUUUGUCCAGCCCAGCUUCCUGUACAGAUCCAGAGACUGACUCAUCUGUGGAAAUUUGCAAUGUUUGCUCCUGUGUGUCGGUGGAGAAUGUUCUUUAUGUCAACUGUGAAAAGGUUGCAGUCUACAGACCCAACCAGCUGAAACCACCUUGGUCUAAUUUCUAUCACCUCAAUUUUCAGAACAAUCUCCUGAUCAUCCUCUACCCAAAUACAUUUCUGAACUUUACUCAUGCUGUCUCUCUACAGCUGGGUAACAAUAAAUUGCAGAACAUUGAAGGAGGAGCCUUCCUGGGGCUCAGUGCAUUAAAACAGUUGCACUUGAACAACAAUGAAUUAAAGGUCCUCCGAGCUGACACUUUUCUUGGCAUUGAGAACUUGGAGUAUCUCCAAGCUGACUACAAUUUAAUCAAAUAUAUUGAACGGGGAUCCUUCAACAAGCUUCACAAGCUGAAAGUCCUCAUCCUUAAUGACAAUCUAAUUUCUUUCCUUCCUGAUAAUAUUUUCCGUUUUGCUUCUCUCACCCAUCUGGAUAUACGUGGGAAUCGAAUACAGAAGCUGCCAUAUAUUGGGGUUCUGGAGCACAUUGGACGCAUCGUUGAACUGCAGCUGGAAGACAACCCUUGGAAUUGCACUUGUGAUCUCUUGCCACUGAAGGCGUGGCUGGAGAAUAUGCCCUAUAAUAUCUACAUUGGAGAAGCCAUUUGUGAGACACCCAGUGAUUUGUACGGGAGGCUUUUGAAAGAAACUAAUAAGCAAGAGUUGUGUUCCAUGGGGACAGGGAGUGAUUUUGAUGUGCGCAUUCUGCCUCCAUCGCAGCUGGAACCUGGUUACAGCACACCUAAUGGCCACACGACACAAACGUCAAUGCACAGAUUGGUCACCAAGCCUCCAAAAACUACAAACCCUUCCAAGAUCUCGGGAAUUGUAGCAGGCAAAUCACUUUCCAACCGGACUCUCAGUCAAAUAGUAUAUUUCCAAACCAGAGCGCCACUGACUCCUUGUCCUCAUCCUUGUGUUUGCAAAACACACCCUUCAGAUUUGGGAUUAAGUGUUAGUUGUCAAGAGAGAAAUAUCCAGUCAUUGGCUGAACUCGUCCCCAAACCAUUGAAUGCCAAGAAACUGCAUGUGAAUGGCAAUUAUAUUAAGGAUGUGGACAUUUCUGAUUUUGUUGAAUUUGAUGGGCUGGAUUUACUCCAUCUAGGCAGUAAUCGGAUUGUUUCCAUUAAAGGGGAAGUUUUCCGCAACCUUACAAAUUUACGGAGAUUGUAUCUCAAUGGCAAUCAGAUUGAGCGGCUGAGUCCCGAAAUGUUUGCCGGCCUUCAUAAUCUUCAAUACCUGUACUUGGAAUACAAUGUCAUCCGGGAAAUUUUAGGCAACACUUUUGACUUGAUGCCAAAUCUGCAGCUCUUGUACUUGAACAACAAUCUCUUGAGAAGUUUGCCAGCCUACAUCUUUGCUGGGGCGCCGCUUGCUCGGCUCAACUUGAGGAACAAUCAUUUCAUGUACCUGCCUGUGAGUGGCGUCCUUGAUCAGCUCAAAUCCUUGACACAGAUUGAUUUGGAAGGGAAUCCAUGGGACUGCACAUGUGACUUGGUUGCUCUGAAACUCUGGUUGGAAAAACUGAACGAAGGCAUUGUGGUGAAGGAGUUAAAGUGCGAGACCCCAGUGCAGUUUGCAAACAUUGAACUGAAGUCACUAAAAAAUGAGAUCUUAUGCCCCAAACUAUUAAACAAGCCAUCUGCUGUUUUCACUACCCCUGCACCUGCUGUCACAUUUACAACACCGUUGGGCCCCAUUCGGAGUCCCCCAGGUGGUCCAGUCCCAUUGUCGAUCCUCAUCUUAAGCAUUCUGGUCGUGCUCAUUUUAACUGUCUUUGUUGCUUUUUGUCUCCUCAUCUUUGUUCUUCGUCGCAACAAAAAACCAUCCGUGAAGCACGAAGGGCUUGGGAGCCAAGAGUGCAGUUCCAUGCAACUGCAGCUGCGGAAGCAUGACCACAUGUCCAACAAAAAGGACACUCUAGGCGCUGAGGCCUUUAUCCCUCAGACCAUUGAGCAGAUGAGCAAAAGCCACUUGUGCGGCUUAAAGGAAACAGAAACUGGGUUCACAUUUGCCGAACCACCAGGGCAGAAAGUCAUCCUGAGAAAUAACAGUGACAAGGAUAAAGAUUUAUUGCACAUGGAUAGCAGGAAAAGACUUAGCACAAUUGAUGAACUGGAUGAAUUAUUCCCAGGACGGGAUUCUAAUGUCUUUAUUCAGAAUUUUCUCGAAAGUAAAAAGGAAUACAAUAGUAUAGGGGUCAGUGGCUUUGAAAUACGCUAUCCAGAGAAACAACAAGACAGAAAAAGCAAGAAAUCCUUAAUAGGUGGCAAUCACAGUAAAAUUGUAGUGGAGCAAAGAAAGAGUGAGUAUUUUGAACUCAAAGCAAAACUUCAGGGCUCUCCGGACUACUUACAAGUCCUUGAAGAGCAAACGGCUUUGAAUAAAAUGUAGGGGUCCAUGCAAUCUCAUUUUCCUACUGAGGACAUUUAUUUAAUGAUGCAAGUGCCUUUUGUUGACUUUUAAUUUCCAAAUAUGAUAUUCUACUGGUAUAGGCAUAGAGGUAGGCAAUCCAGGGGUAUUUAAUAAAACUCUUGCUCCAAAUAGAUUUUAAUUCAAGAAACUCUUGCCCUGCGGAAUCCCUUUAAGGGAUAUUGCAAACUCUAUUGCCAAAAAAAGGUUGCUUUAUACACAUAUUACACUGAAUUUAACCUCAAGAGGCAUAUAUGUUUUCUACCCUAAUUGCAAAACUUUCAUCUCCUUGUGAUUUGUUAAAGCAAAUGCACGAGAAACAACAGGAAAAAAAAUGGAAGGAAGAAACUGGUCCUGGUGAUUGUACUUCAGUGGCAUCAUCCAUCUUGCACGUGGAUUAAAGUUGGAGGAGGAACUGGUGUCAGUCUAUCCCUUUGGUUUGUGGUGUUGUAAGCAGCACUGUUUAGAGAUUACUUGAAAAGUUUUUUUGUUAAAAAAAAAAGCAUGCAAAAGAAAGAACAUUCGAUAGUAUGUGUAAAAUUGGUUGCCUUUAUGGCCUGCAUCUUGAAACCGCUGGAUUUAUAACGUUAAAUUGUGCAGAAAUCUUUUGUUUCAGAAAUACAACACAUAUCCUUACCAAUCAAAAUCGAACCGUCUGACACAUACCAUGAAUCGGCGUAAUGGAAACAACCAACCCACAAUGGCAUCAAAAUGCAACACAAAAAAGGAUCAGCAUUCACAACAAUUGGAAGUAAAUACUUGACAUGAGACUAAAAUACAGCUUCUCAAACCCCAGUUAACCAUUCUCAGUGACAUGAGACUCCUUUCAACCCCCAAAAGGUUGUCCAGAAUUUUCAGAAAAUUUGCUUGCUGUGUGAGCGUUUCAGAAAUUAUUUUUGUAAUAUAAUUCAUAUUUAUGAAAUACUUUGUAUACUAAAUAGGGAAGAAAUUAUGUACUCCUCAAUAUGUAUUUAAAUAUGCCUGAUUUGUUUUCCUGGUCACAAAGAUGCAUUAAUCAUUCAGUAUAAUUUAAAAA